UAACUUGCCAUCGCCGAAGGAACAAGAAGCGCGAAAAGCGAAACGCGGACGCAGAAAUGAAAUCGAAUUAAAUGUGCACCGCGCACCUGAAUUAAAUUUGUGGCGGAAGGGCAAGAAUUACUUUUCGAUUCGGUUUCUUGCGUGCCACUUUUUUCUUUUGCGGAAGUGUCGCUAGCAUCCGCGAUUUUUUGCUGUUUUUCCCUGCUGUUUCUAUCAGUCUUUAAAGCACAACUCUUGGCCUUGGCCACAUCAAAAAAGAGGCAAAAUAGUCAGCAACAAGUGCCUGCUAAACACUGUUUUAUUGACACAUGUAUUUUACAUUUUAUAAAGCCCAUAAAAUGUGUUUAUAAAUAAAAAGUAAAUAUUUUAACGCACACAAAAUAUAGAGAGAGAGUGCGGCGAAGAGAGAUGCGAGAAAUUUUCAGCGUGCGUGUGUGUGCUUAUGUGGGUAAUUGUUGAUCAAUUGUCAUGUGCAAAAAAUAAAAACAAUAACAGCCAGCGAAAAUCAUUCAGCAUCAUCAAUGGGAAACAUUGCAAAAUCAACCAAGUGAAACGGAACUUAAUGAAAUAAGCCCCACGAAAAAAAGCGGAAAACAACGAGAUUACAGUGACAAGUGGCAAACGAACUCUAGAACAGAGAUUACUCGAAAUCCAAGCACAGUGAAUCGAGUUUACUGGCAUCCGGAAACUUAUAAAAUAUAACAAAAAUUUUUUAAUAUAUGUUUUGUGAAUCACCCACUGAGCGGAGAUUGUAGAAAAUAGUCCCCAGGAAAAUCCAACUGUAAUACUAAACCUUGAGUUCAGUUUAUAAUUUAAAUUUAGAAUUCUGGGACCCAACAAAAGUCGCCGAGAUCAAAAGUAAUAACAUUAAUAUUCCAUAGAUCCAAUCGCUGAAAGAGGCUCUUAAUAAAAUACAAAUUUCCGAGACCCCAGAACAGAGAGAAGUUCACGAAAAGCAAUAAAUCCAUAUAACUGAGGUCCAAACAGUUAAGAAAUGAAUAAUAUAACUACUGAAAAUCAACUGCAGAGAACAGCAAAUUGAAACAUUCUAAGAAAGCGCCUCAUAAUUGAGGCAGGGCGUUGUCGAUAACCAACAUGGGACCUUUAUGACCUAAUGGAAUAUUUUAUUUAUUAAUAUACGCCAGACAUUGAAUAUCAGCCGAUCUGCCCGGGCAACUUGGAGAGCACAAAAAAGUUGAAAGGUGUUUGAGAGCCCAUAAAGAAGUGGAAUUUUGAUCUUACAGCUGAGAACUGAAAUUUAAGAAACUGUAUUUUUUAGACUGUUUAAAAAACCUAUCAGAUCGUAUAGAGAAAAGUGUUUGAAUCUGGUGAGACAAAAACAAUAUUUAACAUUAUUAAAGCUGAAUUUGUUGUCUUCGUCACCUACUAAAAUACAUACCAAACAGUGAUCUUUUAAAAAACAAGAUAAGACAAUAUUGUAUUCGCACCUUUAUAGCUAAGUGCGAGCUUUAUAUUUUAUAGAUCUGAAUUAUUGGCUAAAUUUUGAUAUUUUUUGGACAGUAUAAUAUUAUUUACUAAACUUAUACAGCUGAGAACUAGCUGCUUUAAUUAAUAUUUGAGCGCUUUUCACUCAUUCUGGCCUAAACACAUCCGAUAACAUCUGAUCUCGCCAAGCAAAAAAUCGGGGUUUAAAGUUCGGCAGCAGCCCAUGCCACCUUUUGAAGAGGGGAAAAUCGAGCCAGAGGAGCAGAUACCUCUAAAGCCGCCACGUCGACAGAGGACAAUGAAGUCUGCGGACCAGGAAACGGCGCAGCCGCCGGCGGAGGAUCACGAGGAGGAGCACCUGCUGCCGGCCACAACAGGGGCUAGCAAUCUGCGAUAUGCCCGGGCCAAUCUGAGCCAGAGCAGCCUGAUGUUGAGCCACCAGCAGGGCUCCUUCGAGUCGUCCACCGAGCGAACGGCGAGCAGUGAGACCCUGGAUGUGCUGCCGACAUCGAGGCGCUACCAGGUGCAUCCGCAGCCGAACCGCUUGGGGAUUCGGCAGCAACCUUCGGCCUUGGCGAGCGCUCUGCAUGCCACUGCCAGAUUGGCGGCCAGUGUGGAUGCCUAUACGGCGGCGGCUACAGCCACAGCGGCAGCGGCAACCGGCGACUACGGCGACUAUAUGCGCCAGAAUCCGAACCUCAGUCACAUCCACCAACAGCCCCAGUCCCAGAACCAGCACCAGAACCAGAGCCAGCACCAGCCGACCCUCCACCACCUCCACCAGCCCGCCGCGCACAAUCUGGGCAAUCUCAGAGCGAGCAAUCUCAAUUUUGUGGGGUCGUCGCGGCAUCUCUAUCACAGCCAGUUCAAUUCGAAUUCGCCGCAAGCGAGACGCUUCACUGCGCAGCGAGACGGCUCGCCAGCAUUCGCGGCUUCAGCGGUAGCAGCUUCGGCGGCAGCAGCUUCAGCAGUAGCACCACUAGCGCCACUAGCACCACUACCACCACUCGCACCACUAGCCUCCAUUGCCUCAUCGUCCCCAUUCGCGGCCCAGCCGCCGCCCUUUCAGUUGCGCACCUACCAACAGAACCAAUCCUACCGCUUUCAGCCGCGCGGACACCACCGCACCGGCAGCAGCAGCAUGUCGCAGUCUGGCGAGGACCUCCACUCGCCCACGUACUUAUCCUGGCGGAAGCUGCAGCUGAGUCGCGCCAAGCUCAAGGCCUCCAGCAAGACGUCCGCCCUGCUCUCCGGAUUCGCCAUGGUGGCGAUGGUGGAGGUGCAGCUGGAUCACGACACAAAGGUGCCACCGGGCAUGCUGAUAGCGUUUGCCAUCUGCACCACCCUCCUGGUGGCGGUGCACAUGCUGGCUCUGAUGAUCAGCACCUGCAUCCUGCCGAACAUCGAGACGGUGUGUAACCUUCACAGUAUUUCCCUGGUCCACGAGUCGCCGCACGAGCGGCUGCACUGGUACAUUGAGACGGCGUGGGCCUUCUCCACGCUGCUGGGACUGAUACUCUUCCUUCUGGAGAUCGCCAUCCUGUGCUGGGUAAAGUUCUACGACCUGAGUCCGCCGGCGGCUUGGUCGGCCUGCGUGGUCCUCAUCCCGGUGAUGAUCAUCUUCAUGGCCUUCGCGUAUCACUUCUACCGCUCCCUAGUGUCGCACAAGUACGAGGUCACGAUUUCGGGGAUCAGAGAACUGGAGAUGCUCAAGGAGCAGAUGGAGCAGGAUCAUCUGGAGCAUCACAACAACAUCCGAAAUAAUGGCAUGAACUACGGGGCCUCCGGGGAUAUUGUCUAGCACUUCUUCACGAUCCCCGUGUGGAUCAAACGAAAAAGACAUAGCGGCUCAGGGCAAGCCUCAGAUUAUUUAAGUGAAAAACAUAGUGUAAAUUUGUAGUGGAUGCAAGUCUUGUGAUACGCAGAUGACAGCAGAUUUUUAUUAUAUAUACGUAAACUGUAUUCUGUAUUGCGUGUGGAUAGAGCGCUGUAGUUCUUUAUUUUUGUAUGGCAAUUACUAGGCACGAGUAUAAACAGAAUGAUGAAGGACCCUAAUUAAAGCAAUACUUUGGACCAUCAUGUUCGUUGAAUAUUCCUCAAAAAUUAGCUCAUAUUGGAUAUAUAUAUAUAUUGCGUGUAUUUUAAAUUGUAUACCGUAUUUUUUGAACCAUCCUUGGCAGUCUUCCCUUUUAUUGUUUAAGAACCUUUUGGACAAAACCCGAUUGUCUUAGUCCCUAAUUUAAUGUUAGGCCAAUUAUGUAAGCGGAACCACGCUGUAAUUUAUAUUAUAUAAUUUACGAUUAAAUGAUUUUUUUAUA